AGAAAGGAUCAUUAGACAUUGGAAACUAAUUAAGAAAUUUCUCAAAUUGAUUUAAUUUCACAAUUCGUAUCCACAGUUAAUAAGAAAGAUUUUCCAAAAACCGAACGAACUCUGAAAGCCCCUCUCCCGAUCCAAACUCCCAAAUUUCCUUUCCAAAACCUCCCCACCCCUCCCACCUCGCUCGUCCUCCAGAAUCAGUCCCCCAAAUUCCUCACCCUUCCACUCAACCCUGAAAACUAACCCCAGGACGACUCUCUGGGCUCCAAUGUCCCCAAUUAAAUAUCUCCAUCGAUUCCAAUUCCCCGAGAAUGACAAUCCCAACAUGAUCACCAGCAUCCCCUGACAAUAAAAAAAAAUCCCUCGACUUCACCAGCACCGAAUGCCAGCAUUGGUUUUGUCCAUGGGAUAUACCCAGCAAGAGGGAUAUCAUGCCCACCGUAAAUUACGAAAAAGAGUGUCAAGUCGGUGUAGGAAUGUGGCACUUCAAAAUGGCUGCCAGUUACUUUAGUAAUUUACGGCCGUAUCUUUCUUUGUUGUCGAUCGUACAAUUUACCAUUGGAUUACCAUUAACUGGGUUAAAUUAAUUGACAAGUUUAUUAGUUUAUUUUGUGAUUAACGUUCUAUAUUUAAACCUUAAAUUAAUCGUGAAUAUAUGGGAUAACGUAAUAUGCUCAGUUAACUUAUUUCAACACACACAUACACACACGUACUGUACCAUUACCACUGGGGGCAUCGGUUUUCAGUUUCUUAUUUAAGUUGUGAUUAAAUCUGUACGUCUUAUUUAUUUGUAUUUAUUAAAAUUCGAGGGACAUAUUUAAUGAGUUAUUUGUUACCUGUGAGUGUCAUCAGUGAUCGAGGAAUGAGUGGUAACACAGGCAAUUGUGAAUUGUGCUGUACGUGGGAUUAGGUUAAGUUCUCGACUGAUGGAUCCUCCUGGUUGUCUUGACAUGGAUUUAACUGGAUAACAACUGGUGCUGUCAAAUUUUAGCUCACAAACAAGAUCCUUCGUACUUCAAGUCCUAAAGUCAGUUGGAAAGAUUUCUGGAUAGCUGACUUUAUUUCAUUUUAAUGGAGGAGGUCAUCGAGGUUCCAAGGAUUCGGGACGGGAUAUCAAAGUGAAAGAAUAUGGAAAUGUCACCGAAAAAUCCACGUCUCCAGGAAUAAGAAUCAAACGUGUUCUGUAGAUUAAUGCUGCUGCUCAAUUGGAGCUAGGUCCCAGAAGACCUAGCAUGGGCCACUAUGAAUCCAUCCGCUGUCAGCAAGUCAAGCACUCGCGGCUCUGGAUAUCAUCAGAAGGCACUAGCUGAAAUACGAAAUUCUCUCCUACCCUUCGCUAACAGUGGUGGAACUGGAGAAGUUGGCUCGAGUGCAGCGAGUACAAUAUCAACUCUCUCGACAACCAGUGGUGUGAGUUCAGCAUCUGGUCUGAGUGGUUUAUCAGGUGCAUCAGGAUCUCUGGUUGAUAAGCCCGAGCAGCGUCAAGCCCUGUCCCAGCUUCUGGCCAUGGGUUACCCAGAGGAAAUAGGGCUCAGAGCCCUGAAGAUGGCAGGCUGGCGUUUGGACGCAGCAAUAGAACUUCUAAAACAAGCGCAGGGCGAGUCCCUCAAUGGCCUGGGUAAGCUAAACUCAAAGUUGAUAAGAAAACCGAGUUUAGAACGUGAAUUAUCCCUUCAACGAGGCUCACCAGCACUGGACUCUGGCGCUGGUAGUUCGCGAUCAGACAGUCCAAGACUCACUGAGCUCAGUCCCCAUCCGCAGUUGAGUCGCCAGUACUCCCCCAACAGUUUUGUGGAGCGUGAGCCUCCACCACCACCUCCACCCCGUUGCUCAUCGACUCCACCACCACCUCCACCCCCUCACGCCCCCUACAGCCAGCCCAAUGUUCCCUCUAACAUGCAGCAGAUGCUCAAGAGAAUGUCACCAGCGCCAGUGGUGCCAAGUAGAGCACCUCCAACCACUUCAACAUCGACAACAACAUCUGGUAAUCCACCUCAGAGAGGCACAAGUCCAGUGGCAACUGCUACCAGCACCUCCAAUGGCAGACAACCCAUGAUCGUUCAGAAUGGGCCCCAGGUCCAGCAGCAGUUGUCACAGCAGAUGCAGGCCCUGAGUAUUUAUCAAUCGAGUAACAGUAGCUCAAGUGCCCAAGUGGAGCCACCACCACCUUACCCAAUUGUUCCCUCGUCGUCUUCGGGAACUGUCCAGCCACCCUCGUACUCAGCAUCAAUGCAAAACCGUCAAAGUCCAACGCAAUCGCAACAGGAUUACAGGAAGAGUCCAUCGUCUGGUAUUUACUCUGGGCCCACGUCCGCUGGAUCACCAUCGCCGAUUACGGUGUCCACUGGGCCGACAAACACUCAGGGCUCCAUGGCAAGACCCACUCCUCUUCAAGCCUGGGGGGCUAGACAAGCCAAGACUCAGCCACCUAUCAUAAUGCAGUCGGUUAAGAGCACACAGGUCCAGAAGCCUGUACUGCAAACAGCUAUUGCACCGACAUCACCUCAACCCAUUUCAAGUAGUAAUACUCCCCCGCCACCACCACCUUCUUAUGCUUCGUCCAUUCAGCAGAAGCAACAACAGUCACAGCAGUCACAGGUGUGUGGGGUACAGGCGAGCCAUCAGCAGCAGCAAUCGCAACAGUCUCAGCCUCAGCCCCAGUCCUCGCACCCCCAGGUCCAGCAGCCUCAGCAAUCCCCCCAGCCGCCACCGCCUGCCUACCCCCCAGUGAAUAACAACCCCAACAAUCAGAGCCUCGGGGUGCCAGUUCCCACGACAGAGCCCCCAAGUUACGCGACAACGAUGCAAGCCCUUGCCGCCCAACGCAGCAUGCAUCAUCCCCUCCCCCCACCGCCCUAUGGCACCCCAACGGAGGACAUCACCACCGAGGGUGCCAAUGCCCCAAGAUCAUCACCAGUGGCCCACCAUCCUCCACUCCAGAGGAAGUACUCACCAGUAGAAAGUUGUCAGCAACAUUCAGAUCAGUCCCCUCCACUGCCCCCAACGGCAUCAUCAUCAGUUGCCAACAGAAAUUCCAGUAAUCAUCCACCCUCCGACAGUGGUGCAAAAGGACCGUACAAAAUAAAACAUCAGUCUCCAAUUCCGGAGAGAAAGCACAUGAGUAAGGAGAAGGAGGAGGAGAGACGAGACUGCAAAGUCAGGAAUUAUUCCCCUCAAGCAUUCAAAUUUUUCAUGGAACAGCACGUGGAGAACGUCCUCAAGUCCCACAAGCAGCGGCUCUACAGAAGGCUCCAGUUAGAAACAGAAAUGGCGAAAAUUGGACUCAGUGCUGAGGCACAGUGCCAGAUGAGGAAGAUGCUGUCCCAGAAGGAGUCUAAUUACAUCAGACUCAAGAGGGCGAAAAUGGACAAGACAAUGUUCACCAAGAUCAAGGUUAUCGGUGUUGGAGCCUUUGGGGAAGUGACACUUGUGCGAAAACUCGACACGAAGAAUCAAUUUUAUGCUAUGAAGACACUCAGGAAAGCAGAUGUCCUCAACAGAAAUCAAGUGGCACAUGUCAAAGCUGAAAGGGAUAUUCUGGCUGAGGCUGAUAAUGAAUGGGUUGUCAAGCUUUAUUACUCGUUUCAGGAUAAGGAUAAUCUUUAUUUUGUCAUGGAUUAUAUCCCUGGAGGUGAUCUUAUGUCGUUGCUCAUCAAAUUUAUGAUUUUUGAUGAACCACUUGCGAGGUUUUAUAUCGCUGAACUCACUUGUGCGGUGGAGAGUGUCCACAAAAUGGGAUUUAUUCAUAGGGAUAUUAAACCUGACAAUAUUCUUAUUGAUCGAGAUGGACAUAUCAAACUCACGGAUUUCGGCCUCUGCACGGGGUUCAGGUGGACACAUAAUUCCAAGUAUUAUCAGCAGAAUGGCCACAAUAAGCAAGAUUCAAUGGACCCAGCUGACGACUGGAACAACGAGUGUCGUUGCAUUCAACUGAAACCCCUCGAGAGAAGAAGGCACAGAGAGCAUCAGAGAUGUCUUGCCCACUCCCUCGUUGGAACGCCGAAUUACAUCGCCCCGGAGGUCCUUCUGCGUACUGGAUACACCCAGCUCUGUGACUGGUGGAGUGUCGGGGUGAUACUGUAUGAGAUGCUCGUUGGAUCGCCUCCAUUUUAUGCUAAUACACCGGCAGAGACUCAAUACAAGGUCAUCAACUGGGAGACGACUCUCCACAUCCCGAAGCAAGCAAACCUCUCUCCAGACAGCAUGGACCUAAUCCUGAAGUUGUGCACAAAUGCUGACAGGCGACUGGGAAAAAAUGCUGACGAAGUGAAGAGCCAUCCCUUCUUCAGCAGCAUAGACUUUGACAAGGGUCUGCGUAGACAAGUUGCUCCUUACAUACCUCGUAUCCAGGACUCCACAGAUACCAGCAAUUUUGAUCCAGUGGAUCCUGACAAAUUGAGAAAUUCCGAGGCCUCUGAUUCCGAUAAAUCCGGUGAAUUGCUCGAUAAUGGAAAGCCCUUUCACGGUUUCUUUGAAUUCACGUUCAGACGAUUUUUCGAUGAUGGGGGAGGCCCAGCGUAUCCUAGUCGAAUUAGUCUUGACGAUAAUGACAAUCAGGGACCGGUCUAUGUAUGACAUUAGGCCACGCCUGGGCAAUGCCCUGUUACGAGCUCAUUGCUAUGACCGCUUUCACUCUCUCAUUUUUUUUUCUAUUUCUAGAUUCUUUACUAGAGCAUCUUAUUUAAUUUCGGUCGUUUUGGGGUGAAAAAGGCUGUUUUGGGGGAGAUGUUUGUACGGUAAUGCCAGUGGUUUCUAGGAGUUUGAGAGUUCACCUUAUGGAGGGGGGUAUUAACAUUCUUUUGGAUUUUUUUUAAUUCAGCUAUUUGUGGAAUUGUUGCACUGUUGGUGAAUUAUCUCUGACAUGUCAGAGGAAACAUCAUCGGUAAAUUAAAAAAAAAGACUUUAUCGAAUUUUAAAUAUAACCAUGGAAUUUGCGAAUCUUAAAUUGAUGUUCCAUUCACGAUAUGAAUCUUGAAUGGAUCGAAUUCCUGAAUUUUCAGGAAAUUCUCUCGGCGUUCAGGUCGUACUUUGAAAAACGGAAGUUUGAAUUGAGAUGGGGUGGUGGGCCCUUAGGAUCAAUCGUCAAAAGUGACAUAUCUCGGUUCACCAGUUUGCUGCGGUGAACUCAAAAUUUUAAAAAAUCUAAUAAAUCCCCCCACACGAUGAACAUGGGAAUGAGAAAAUAGAAGUACUGUGAUAUUGCCAAUAAUUAGAAUAAUGUGACUUACGAAAGAAGAAAAAGAAAGGCCUCCCGGUUCGUCAGUUGAACCCUUCGUAUCGAACGAAGAAACGACAAUUCAUUGACCAAUCGAUUUAUUCGUCAAUCAAUCGACUAGUCAAUGACAGAAAAUAAAAUUCUUCUCAACUGCAUUGUUACGAUUUUUCGAGUGGAUGUAAUGUGUUCAGUAAUGCGAUGUUUUCCCCGGAAACGCGAAAAAAACUUCACCUUCACGAGGAUUUACUCCCUUCAAUAGUCUAAGUGUCAUUUACCAAUUUAUCAUGUACACAUUCGCUGCCUCCCCUCUCUCUCUCUCUCUCUCUCUCUCUUACCCAAUUACUUACGCUAGAGUUAAGUGUUCUGUCCCCUAGGGCGUGCCAAGGCUGCAAUCAGAUGAAACGACGAUAGAAAAAAAAUAUAUAUAUUAAAUAAAUUAUUUUUCGUUAGGUAGAAUGAAGGAAAAAAAAGUACUAGUACUUCGCGAAUAAAAAAAAGAACAAUUGGAGUUCGUUUGGAAACGAAAUAAUAUAAAUUAUACAUAAUUUCUCUUCGAUGUGUACAAAUGUGAGAUUCAAUUAGGAAAUUACGAAUUGAUACUGUUGCCUUUUAUCCAAGUGCCUUCAACAUUUUAAAAGUCUCCGAGGGACUUAUAAAUAAUCAUUUGAUAUUUUGCCUGAUAAAAAAAAACAAAAACAAAAAAAUUUAUUUAACCGAGGUAAUUAUCGAAGGCUAAUUGCAAUGUAUGUACUAUGUACAGAGUUUAUGAUCCAUAGGUGAUGUCUGUGUAUGAAUGAAGUGUAUAUUAAACGCUUGGUAAACCGGUGCGUGAGGGGAUGAUGAUAAAUUGUGCCUUAACAGUGAUUAUUAUUUCUCUCUUUCGUAUUUUUUAAAAAUCGUCUCCGCACGCAAUGCGACACGAAUAACAGAGGAAUCGAGUCUCACGAGUCAGCAAAAAUGUCAUUUAAUGCUCAUUAUUUUUUCAUGCAAUUUUUUUAAAUGUAAAUUUUUACGUGAUUCAACCGCUGAAUCAAGUCGGAGUGGUUAUACCCCUUUUUUUUAUCUUCUAUUUAAUUGCUUUAAGAUGAUUAUCGAUAUCUUCAUCAUUAUUAUGGCUUAUGGUUAUCAUUAUUAGUUAUAUUAUUAUUUUGUUUUUUUUUUUUCAUUGAUCAAUGCGUACCAAAGGACUCUGCAAUGAUCGAAUGUGCAUUUUUAUUUUGGUGUUGAGGGGCAUAAAGGAUAAUGAACAAACUUAAUGAGUAGUUGCAUUAGGUGUGUUUAAUUUGUGGGAAUGUUUUUUUUUAACUGCAAUUUAUUGUGGAGGAAUCAUUGAAACUUUUGUUUAUCUAGUCCAGAAAAUGAAAAAUGUAAUGGAACAAAUAUAUUGGGUCUGGGGUCGAGAGACGGGCAAAUUGUGAGGAGUAAAUUAUUAAAUGGGGGGGAGUGAAGCAAUCCGUAUACCUUCAACACCUGAAUUAAGAUAACAGAAAAUGGUAAUUCCAUCAGUUUCACUAUUCAAUUUAUCAUGUGAAAUCAACAACCGUUCAACAUAAUCAUUUUUUUUUUUCAUAGACACUACAAGAGAAAUAAACUCAGUUUAAAGGGAAUAACUGUUGUCAGGAAGGAAAAGCCUCAUUGUAACGAAGGCAGAUCUGUUUAGUUUUACGUUUCCUCCCUCAUAUGCCUCUCCCUCCCUUCCCAGUUCUUUUCUUAUUAAGAGAAAACACUUGUAAAUUUUAUAUUUAAUUUUAAUUUCCCUGAAUCCCAUACCAGUUUUAUGUUAUUUUUCUUUGGGCCUCGAUUUAAUUUACCCCGAGUUGAAAAAUUAUUUCUCCCCCAAUUUGUAAUUAUGUUUGCAAAAUACAGAAUCAUCAUGAUAAUGGUUAGUUUUUAUUUAAGGUAUAAUAUAUUAUGGAAACAAAACUUAUGUAAAUAUAUUCGAGUGUGUGUUCUAAAUUAAAAAUAUUCUUUAAUGCUUA